CCUCACCUCUCUGUUCAUCCCUUUCUUCGAGCUGCACCAUUCCUCAGAUUCAGAAGAGACCUUCUUCCUGUACGUAUCAAAAGAUGACGAGCUGUGUCGUCAAUGCACAAAUGACUUUUUAUGCCACAGGACGGAUCCAAAAACAGAGCCGGAGCUCUCCGACAUGUAGUCCCCGAGGUCCGGGAUCAGUGGCCCAGCUGCCUGCACAAAGACGAUGUUCAAAUAACUUUCCUGGCUCCCAUGAUAAAGUUCUGGUAAUUCAACGUGCUCAGGAUUCUUCAAAAGAAGCUGAAGUCACCUAUGCAUCUGCUGCACGCCGCUCUGCCGAUUAUCAUCCAAGCGUUUGGGGUGACUAUUUCCUCAAGUAUGCUUCUCAAGACACAACGCCGGUAGACGACGACAAAGCAGUGCAGCAAAUUCAGGAACUGAAGUCAGAAGUGAAGAGGAUGCUUGCGUCCGAAGAUUAUAGUAGGCCCGCAAAAAAACUAAAUCUGAUCGAUCAGAUUCAACGUUUAGGAAUUGCCUAUCACUUUGAUAGAGAAAUCAAGGAUUUCCUUGAAGACAUUUAUGCCAGCAUCCGUCGAAAUGGCGCCACCGAGGAUGAAGAUGAUCUGCACACUACAGCUCUCCGAUUUCGACUGUUGCGACAACAUGGUUACUGGAUUUCAUCGCGUGUCUUUGACAAAUUCAAGGGCCGCGAAGGAAAUUUUGAUGCAUCGCUAGUCAAUGACGUGAGAGGGCUGCUAAGUUUGUAUGAAGCGAGUCACUGUAGCACACGAGGGGAAGAAACUCUGGAUGAAGCACUUAGUUUCUGCUUUACCCACCUCAAAUCCAUGGAAGAGAAGCCUGUCAUAGUAGCUCAUGCCUUGAAGCAGUGUAUACAUCGAGAGAUGCCGAGGCUGGAGGUGAGACGAUAUAUUGAGACAUACCAAUGCAUCGAUUCCCACAAUGAAGUCUUCUUGAGCUUGGCAAAGCUGGACUUCAACUUGACCCAGCAACUACACCAGAGGGAAGUCGCCGAAACUUCAUGGUGGUGGAAAGACUUGGACUUCAAGAGGCAGCUACCUUUUGUGCGAGAUAGGAUCGCAGAAUGCUACUUGUGGAACUUAAGCGUGUAUUUUGAGCCUGAGUACUCGCUUGCCAGAAAAUUUGUCACGAAAGUGAUGGCAAUGGUCACGGCUGUUGAUGACAUAUAUGACUCUUACGGUACAAUCGAAGAGCUGGAACUCUUUACAAGAGCUGUGGACAGGUGGGACAUUAAUGCCGCAGAUGAGCUUCCUGGUUAUAUGCAAGUCUGUUAUACAGCACUUCUUGAUGUGUACUCCGGAAUCGGGGAUAUGUUGGCCGAGCAAGGAAGAUCAUACUACCUCUACUAUAUGAAAGAAGCGGUGAAAAUUAUGGUUCGAUUUUAUUUUCAAGAAGCCAAAUGGUUCCACCAACAGUACAUACCCACGGUGGAGGAGUACAUGGAAGUUGCAGUAGUAACACUUGGCUACCAAAUGCUGAUAAUCGUAUCACUCCUCGGAAUGCCAGAAAUCACCACAGAAGAGACCUUUCAGUGGUUGCUCAGUAACCCCAAGAUAGUGAGAGCAUCAGCAGUGACCUGCCGGCUCAUGGACGAUAUCGCUUCUCAUAAGUUUGAGCAAGCGAGAGGACAUGUUGCAUCUGUGGUGGAGUGCUACAUGAAGCAAUAUGGAGUUACGGAGCCAGAAGCAGAGAACGAGCUCAAGAAACGAGUCGAAGAUGCAUGGAAGGACAUCAAUGAAGAGUGGCUCCAUCUCACUGAAGCACCACCCCAUGUUCUCAUGCGAAUUGUCAACUAUGCGCGUGUGGUCGAUGUAAUGUAUAAGGAUGGUGAUUGCUUCACAAAUUCGCAGACGAAGCUGAAGGAUAUUAUAGCUUCUCUACUCCUUGAUCCAGUUCCAGUAUGAGCAUCACGAUUGAAGUUGAGACAUGGCACAAAGACUAUGAAAAUCUUUCUUAUGAGUCCAAUUAAUGACAUAUGUAUAA